AGCUUUCCAUUCACAUCAUUUGUGUAUAUAUAUAUGGAAAGUCUCGUCUCCCUCUGCUGUCGCAUUUGAAGCUCUGAGUUGGAGUCCCUUUGGUAUACACAGAGAUCCUUCUUUUGACUUUUUGUAGAAGGAGAAUGGAGGGAGCGCCUCAAAGCCACCCAUAUGUGCCAAGAGAUCUAAAACUGCCAGGUUAUGUGCCAGUUGUCCUCUCACAGUCCACCAUUGUCGGAGUUUAUGGCCUCUCUUCUCUGCUUGUUGUAUCUGUAAUAUGGAUCAUCUCUGGGCGGUUUCCGAAAACAUCUAAGAUUGAUAGAUUGCUCAUGUGCUGGUGGGCAUUCACGGGUCUAACACAUGCAAUCCUUGAGGGCUAUUUUGUGUUCUCUCCAGAAUUCUACAAGGAUAAAACUGCUUGUUACCUGGCUGAAGUGUGGAAAGAAUACAGCAAAGGUGAUUCAAGAUAUGCAGCCAGAGAUGCUGGCGUCAUUGCUGUUGAAGGGAUUACUGCAGUUUUAGAAGGUCCAGCUAGCCUUCUAGCACUGUAUACUAUUGCCACAAAAAAGUCAUACAGCUACAUACUUCAGUUGACCAUUUCUCUGGGGCAGCUCUAUGGCACUGCUGUAUAUUUUAUAACAUCUUACUUGGAUGGUGACAAUUUCGCUGCAAGCGCAUAUUACUACUAUGCAUACUAUGUUUUUGCAAAUGCUUUUUGGGUUGUAAUACCCUCACUCAUUGUUAUCCGUUGUUGGAAGAAAAUAUGUGCAGCAUUCCAGGUCCAAGGUCAGCAAAAGACCAAAGUUCGGUAAGGUAAAAACCAGAAUCUCACAUUUCCAGAUUUGGACUACAAUUUAGCAGUUUGUUGUGUAUUGAUUUAAGAUUUUGGUCAAUUUAUGCCCCAGGAGUGGGUGAUUCAUAACAUUUAACUUUAGUAGCAUAACAAUUUGAAACAUGAUGAUCUUAUUUGUGCCCUUUUUAUUUUUAAUUUAUUCUUCUGAAGCAAGCUUUUGAGGCUAUGGUUGAUAACUA